CCGACAUGGUUAAAACUGGCGUUAUUUAGUUCAAGCAAAGGCUGAAACGUAACGUUGCUAUUGAAAUGAGGAUUCUGUCUGGUAUCCCCAUAAUCUAAUGGGAGUCAUUGCAAAAUAUGGAACAAGUGACUGUCUAUUCAGCAGAUAUAGAUUCAGAUCAGAAUUCAAUAUCAUGUACUUCUCUGCAACCUGACCAAGAAACUAACACGUCCCAGGAAGUGCCAAGUUACCUGGCAGAGGGAGGAGGAAGAAGAAGAAAAUGCUCAACUUCCAAAAGUGAACACCAUUCUUCAGUUUGGUACUCAGGAAAUGAGAUGUCAAAUUUGCUGUCUGUGUUUGAAGAGAUGCAGCUAUCUGAAUGUAGACGACCUCUGAGAGAGCUUCCUAUUAAUUUGACAGAGAAAAGAAAAGUGAGAGAGAAGAGAAAAUGUGACACUGGAUCUCUCAGCAACUGGGGGAACUGGAAGGAAAACCGACAGAAAUCAUUGUCAAGGCUCAAGGAAGAAGCAAUAGGUGUCAUCUCCUGGUUAGAACUGUGGAGAAGCUCUCUGAGUGAAAUAGAAGGUCGAUAUGGCACUGGCAUCCAGUCAUAUUUCACCUUUCUACGUUUUUUGGUAUUCCUGAAUUUUUCUGCCUUUCUUCUGGUUGCUGGAUUUGUGCUCCUCCCAUCCAUCUACACCAGCACAAUGAAACUCAACCUGACAGCUGCAGAACACCUGAGGAACAGUGAGUACGCGCCUGAAUGUUUCAAGUACAAUCCAUAUCCUCAGGGCUUGGUUCGUUUUUAUGCAUACAUCUUGGAUCUGUUCUCUGGAACGGGAUUUAUGGAACUCUCCUACAUGUUCUAUGGGUAUUAUAAAUCCGAUGUAUACCAGGAUGUUAACUAUAAGCUCCCUCUAGCCUACCUGCUGACCAUGUUCCUCUACUUUCUACUUUGCUUCUGCUGGAUUAUUGGAAGGAUAGUGAAUGGAUUUAAACAGGAAUGCAUGCACGAGAAGAAUUACAGCACCAGGCACAGUACCAAAAUUUUCACUCUCUGGGACUUUUGUAUCAAGGAAACCACUAUGGCCACACUUAAGAAACAGAACAUUGUGAAUGAUUUGAAGAUUGAUUUACAAGAACAAGUGUGCAGGAGGAGAAAAGCUGAGCGAAGCACUGAGGACAGAUUGUUCCUCUACUUCAUCCGUUUUGUGCUUAACUUGUUCAUCAUGAUUUUGCUGACUGGAGCUUUUUACUGCAUUUAUCAAGCAACCACAACAUCCCAGCAGUUCCAGCGAAGGGGGAGUGAAAACAAGGAAAUAUAUUUUGUCAUUGAAUUCUUCAUGGAAUAUCUCCCACCCAUUGUCAUUUCCAUUAGUAAUAUUCUCCUGCCAUUCUUAUUUCGGAUAAUUGUCCGAUAUGAAGAAUAUCCACCAAACACUGAAAUCAAUUUGAUAUUAAUCAGGAGUGUAUUCUUAAGACUAACCAAUCUGAGCAUGCUGGUAUUCUCACUGUGGCAACAUAUCACCUGCUCUGACAGUGAAAGUAAACAGGAUUGUGAAGCCUGUGGUCACAGCAUACACUAUCCGUGUUGGGAGACAAAGAUUGGACAGGAAAUGUACAAGCUAAUGCUGUUUGACUUUCUGUCUUGCAUUGCUGUCACCUUUUGUGUGGAACUUCCAAGAAAAUUCAUUGUUGAGCAUGCUCCAUUUGAGCUAACUAAAAUGUUGAAGAAGCAGCAAUUUCUGAUUCCAGAGAAUGUUUUGGAUAUCGUUGAUGGACAAACUAUCGUCUGGAUUGGAAUGUUUUACUCUCCAUUACUGCCACUUCUCAACAUCGUCAAAUAUUUCAUCAUCUUCUAUGUGAAAAAGCAUUCUUUGUACAACUACUGUCGUCCUGGCAAAAGACUGUUCCGAGCCUCCAGCUCUAAGAUUUUCUUUCAGUUGGUAUUGCUGUUUGGACUGGCUACAGCAAUUGUUCCCGUCAGUGUCAACAUAGUUACCGUCCAUCCAUCCAUGUCCUGUGGUCCAUUCCGACACUAUGAAUCAGCUUGGCUCAUUAUUCCUGCAACAGUAUCCACGUUUCCGUCAGAAGUACAGAGAUUUUUGAAGUACACGAUAUCAGAGCCCUUUAUUCUAUUAGUGAUCACCAUUUUAUGUAUGGUGUUGACAACUUUGGUUUCUUUGGUUCAAAUUAACAGAAGCACAAUUACUCAACUGAAAAAUCAUUUAAUUUUGACAGGAAAGGAUAAACGAUAUUUGGUAAAAAAGCUAUCUUCACGUUCUCAGCAUCUACAACAUGGUCCUUUUCGAGACAGUUCUUCUGAAAGUGACACCCUAUCAAGAGUUGGACUUGAGAUUUUCAACAACAGAACUCUUUCAAGCAGCAUAUCUGUUAAUUCUCUGUUUCAAGAGAACCAACACAAUUGAAAGAAGGGCUGAUAUUGUUCAAUAUAUCCCAUUGUUAAUGAAAAGUAUCUAUAAUAUCUGCCAAGCUCUUCACUGCCAUACUGUUCAAGAAGGCCAUCUAGAAUAUGUGCAUGGUUGAACAUGUUCUUUUAAACGUGUGAAACUAUUUUUGUAUGUAAUAUAUUCUGACAGCUGCAAAUUGCAACUUCUUUCAAGAAAAGGAUGUAAAUACUUGUAAAUAGAAAAUAAUAUUCUCAAAUUAAACACAUUGCAAU